AUGGAACCCAUCCAAGACUCGAUCUCUCCACCUCAAUCCACAAUGUCCGCCGAAAAGUCCGAUAUGGCGGCCGGCGAACACGUCGCCGAGAGGCCCGGCCUCGCCGGUGCUUCGCCAGAGGUCCAUGUCGAUGCCGCCGUCCAGAUCGCCCACGAGACCCAAGAAGGCCAGUACUCGCCUUGGACAAAGUCCAUGUUCCGUCUUUACGGCAUUCUGAUCAUCGCUUACCUUGGCGGUGCUCUCAACGGCUACGAUGGCUCUCUCAUGGGAGGCCUCAACGGCAUGAAGUCGUACAUGAAUUACUUCAACAAGGAGACGGUCGAUCAGAGCACCGGCAUCAUUUUUGCCAUGUACAACAUCGGCAGUGUCGCCGCCGUCUUCUUCACCGGACCCACGAACGAUUAUCUCGGACGCAGAUGGGGCAUGUUUAUCGGCAGCUUGAUUGUCAUUAUCGGCACCUGCAUCCAGGCCCCCACCAAGACCGCCGGCCAAUUCCUUGCCGGACGUUUCGUUCUAGGAUUCGGCGUCAGCUUCGUUUGCGUCUCCGCUCCCACCUACGUGUCCGAGAUGGCCCACCCAGCGUGGAGAGGAACCAUUACGGGUGUAUACAACUGCACUUGGUAUGUCGGCUCGAUCAUCGCCUCUUGGACCGUUUACGGAUGUUCAUACAUCGAACAUGACGGUGGCUGGCGUAUCCCGAUCUGGAUUCAGAUGGUGACUUCUGGCAUCAUUUGCGUCGGCGUCUUCUUCAUCCCCGAGUCUCCUCGAUGGCUGAUGGCAAACGACAAGCAUGAGCAAGCCGCCAAGAUCCUUGCGACCUACCACGGCGAGGGCUCCAUGGAUCACCCUAUCGUGCAGCUCCAGCUCAAGGAAAUGGCACAGCAGAUCCGGACCGACGCGUCUGACAAGAAGUGGUGGGACUACAGCGAGCUUUGGAAUACCCACUCGGCUCGUCGCAGACUCAUUUGCGUCUUGGGUAUGGCUGUCUUUGGACAGGUGUCUGGCAACUCGCUGAGCUCCUACUACAUGACCGCUCUGCUAGAGAACGCCGGCAUCGACGACGAGAAGAAGGUUUUGGCGUUGAACGCCAUCAACCCCAUUCUGUGCUUUGGAGCUGCCCUUGCUGGAGCCCGUAUGACGGAUGUCGUCGGUCGCCGGCCCCUCUUGAUCUAUUCCAUCAUCUUCUGCUCGUUCUGCUUCGCCAUCAUCACUGGAACCUCGAAGCUUGCCACGGAGGACGCCAGCAACGAAGCAGCUGCCAACACCACGAUCGCCUUCAUUUACAUCUUUGGCAUCGUUUUCAGUUUCGGCUGGACACCGCUCCAGAGCAUGUACAUUGCCGAGACCCUCAACACGGCCACCCGUGCCAAGGGCACUGCCGUCGGCAACUUUGCCAGUGCCGUCGCAAGCACCAUCAUCCAGUACUCCAGUGGACCCGCGUUCCUCAACAUCAAGUACUACUUCUACAUUGUGUUCAUUUUCUGGGACUUGUUCGAGGCCGUGUUCAUUUACUUCUUCUUCCCCGAGACCAAGGACCGCACCCUGGAGGAAUUGGAGGAGGUUUUCAGUGCUCCCAACCCUGUCAAGAAGAGUUUGGAGAAGCGGUCCGCACAGACCGUGCUGAACACCAUGAACGUGGACGAGAAGUUGGCCGGAUGCGAUACAUGCCGCGCCAGGAAGAUCAGAUGCAACGGCAACACGCCAUGCGCCUCGUGCUCUGCAUCGCAGCAGGAAUGCACCUAUGGAUCCGAGGCGAACUCACGCGGGAAGAGCGACCUCAUCCUCGAGGGCGUACUGAGGGUGGAGAAGUUCCUCCACGAGAUGAAGGCCACCAUCGUCAGUCCCGCCGCCUCCUCGUUCCACUUUUCACCGAACCCGUCUCACGAUGGGGUCUUCAAGGGCGCGCCGCCGUUUGCCGAUAGUCGCCCGGCCGUGGUCUCGCCGGCCCUCCGCUCGGCCUCGCGCGGGUCCUUCUCCGGCUCACCCCUGAACGAGAUCCACCACCCGCAGCGCACCCCCAUCUCCGAGCCGCUGUACCAGAACAACUACGAGAACGCCGUGCUGGACUCCAUGCACACGAGCACCACCGAGUCCAUCCUCCAAUGGCCACACUUCGAGGCCUUCCCGAGUAUGAAGGAUGACUACGUUUCCAUCUUCCACCUCGAGCAGUCGCGGCCUGCGGUCAAGACACGCUCAACGGUCAUGUACCCGUAUGUGACCACCGAGGAGAUUGACGGCAUCAUCGAGUCGUUCGAGCUCACCAUCAACUUUUGGUACCCGACCAUGUCCUGCGGUCAGCUCGCGCAAGUGCGGAAGCUGAUAUCAGAUGGAAUCCCCGAAGAAGACAGCAUCCUCGUGUGCCUGGCACUCCUGACGAUGGCACUCGGCUGCGCAGGUCAAGUAACUGCCGGCCUGACCACCGGGACGACGCUGAGCGAGGAGGAGCGGAAGCGGAGGCUCGCCAGACGGGCCAUGGGCGACAUGUACUUUGACAGCGUGCUGAAGAAGCUGCACGUCGUACACACUAAUGUGGGCAGCACUGCAACCCAUUGCCUCUUCUUUACAGCCAUGUACUUUGCCUUUCUCCGUCGGCCGCUGCAGGCAUGGGAGUACAUCAACGCAGCCUCCGCCAAGUGCCUUCUGCUGCUGUCUUAUUCCCCGGAAUCAGAAUCAGAAGAAGACCAGGAACGCAUUCGCAGGAUCUUCUGGUCGUGCUACAUCCUGGAGAGCGACUACCUCGCGGAGCUCAACGGCCUGCCCCAAUCAGGCAUUGCCCGCAUCGAAUCUUCAACAGCCCUGCCGGGCCAAUACAACACCCAUCGUGACAGCAAAGUCGAAGAGAAGUCUUCACUGUACUUCCUCGCCUGCAUCUCUAUGCGCCGCCUUCUCAAUCGCGUCCACCAGCUCCUCUAUGCACGCGACACCGGCACCGCCCUCGACCACACCCGCUUCCCCUAUGUUGUGGCCGAGCUGAACCACCAACUGGACGAGUGGCGCGACGUCCUCCCGGCCGCCUUCAAGUUUGAGGUUGGCUUCAACCACAUCGGCAACCAGAGCACCCCAACAGAACACGGCGGCUUCUUACGGCAGAGAUAUCUCACCUGCCGGAGUGUGAUAUACCGGCCAUAUCUAAUGUGGAUGCUGAGCGGCAGGGCUGGUCGCGGUGAGGCUAAUUCGGAGCUCCUCAUCAACCAGGACUCUUUGAAUAAUUGCAAGGCUUGUCUGGAUGCCUGCUUGUUGCACAUCCUCAACCUAAGGGGGUUUGGACAGACGGUUCUGGUAGAUACGUGGAUCUGCUCGCUCUCCAUGGCCGGUGCAAUGCUUGUUUUGCUUGCAGCCUGCCGCAUCCCGCAACUCAAAGACAUGAUCCCGUCUGAUAUACUCGGAGCUGGCGAUCAUUUGAAACAGCUUCUACAGAGCUGGCAGUCCGUCAUGGGAGAUCCGACCUCUCCAAGCGUGGACCAGAGCAUCAGAAUGAUCAGCGAUGCAGACCGAUUCAUUCAGGAGGUAUACCACGCUGGAGACUCGUUCUCUAUGAGGAGGCGUUAG